AUGUGUUGUAACUACUACGGCAACUCCUGUGGCUACAGCUGUGGCCUGGGCUGUGGCUGUGGUUGUGGUUAUGGCCCCUAUUAUGGCUGUGGCUUUGGCGGUGGAUAUGGUUCUGGAUGUGGCUAUAGCUGUGGAUACGGCUCUCGCUAUGGCUGUGGCCUGGGCUGUGGCUCUGGCUGUGGCUACGGCUCUGGCUGUGGUUACAGAUGCUGUGGCUACUGGCCCUAUUGCUACAGAAGAUGUUAUUCUUCUUGCUGCUAG